UGAAUGUAAUAUGACACAGGAGAGGAUACUGGUGCGCUGCCAAUCACCCGUAUCGUCAGUUAACAGUGAGCAAGCAGCAAUCAGAGGUAUCACCAACGCGUCCGGUGCCAACAACUGCUUUCUUAACUGUUCUGUCCAAGCCAUCUGGAACCUUGACCCUUUCAGAGCUUCCUUCGUUCUCAUAGACCAGCACGAGUGUUCGGACUCGUGUAUAUUCUGCAGUCUACUAACUCUCGCUGCUAACUACCAGUUUCACGAACAAGGUCCGGUUACACCUGACGUGCUGCGGAAUGCGCUGGCUAAAUCCUACCAGAGUGACAAUAGGUUUCAGAUAGGAUUCAUGGAGGAUGCAGCUGAGUGCUUUGAGGGGAUACUUCACAACCUACACGUCUCACUGUCAGACUCUAGUUCAGAUAGUUUGUGUAUUGCGGAGAGGUGUGUAUCACACCGUUUAUUCUCUAUGACUCUUGUUGAACAGGACAGCUGCGUGUGCAGUGCUUCCUCUGAACCACUCACAUUCGAUCAGUACAUUUUCUAUACUUCUGUUUCUUGCAUCACUGACAGACACAACGCAGAUCGGUCUCUUACAUUCGCCACUUUACUCCAAGAAGCAACCUCCAGCAUUAAACCAUGUCCUGCUUCAGAGGGAAAGAAAUGUGCAGGUCCAGCUAAACUUGAGGUGUCUCUCUUGGAGAAACCUGAUGUUUUCUGUGUUGGCUUGGCUUGGCCCAACACUCAGGUCGAUACCUUGCUCAUCAAGAAGUUGACAGAUUGUAUUGAACUGGAGCUUGAUUUGGAUGAGCUGUUUGUAAAUGUGGCCUCUAACCGGAGCAAUUUGUUCAGGUUAGUGGGCAUCAUGGUGUACUAUGGAAUGCACUAUUUUACAUUCUUCUUCCACUCUGGAGUUAAGAAAUGGUUACUGUACGAUGAUGCGUGUGUCAAAGAAGUAGGUCCAGAUUGGGAAUCAGUAAAAACCAUGUUGGUGAAAGGAAAGUACCAACCGCUAGUUCUACUUUACGUAAACCCUUGUCCUGAGAAAAUAGUCUCAAUAAGCGGUGGAAAAAAGUCAGCUUUGUCUAAAGCAUACAAAGAUAUGAAGGGCCACAAAGAGAAAUACAGAUUGAAAAACCGUCUGGCAUGUUUUGCUCCAGCAUCACCAAUAGAGACCAAACAAAGGCGCAUCAAGACUGAUAUAAUCAGACAAGAAAGUGCUGAGGGACUAGGAACUUCACCGGGAUUCUCAGGGGAUCCUCACAGGAACUUUUUGGACCACAUGGUUUCAGGUGUGGAGGAGAAGGUAACUGCAGGGCUGAGUAUGCUCGGUCUCAAAGAUGGAGACAAGUUUCAUAAGAAAAAGUUUAUCAAUGAUUGCAUGAAACAAGCUGAUAGCCAGUAUUUUGAAGCUAAGAAAUGUUUGGUGAUCAAAGAAUACACCAAAGCGUUAGACUUCGCCGUUGAUGCCACUAAUUUCUACAAAUUUAUUUUGUUACACGAAGAUUCUAGCGCAACCCAAAGGGAACUAGCCCAGAUACGAUACCACACGGCCAGGACUAAAGCAAAAAGAAUAACACGACGAAUCCCUGCAACGCAAUUAACGGAAGGGCAACUCAGCGCGCUGUACCACCGGUGUGCCUUAUGUGAAAACUUCAGAGAAGACGACAUGAAGUACUGUCAUGACUGUACCAGGUACUGUACCACGUGUAGCUGCGUUCUGGAACUUUCUGAUAUAGAAUACUGUGCUAACUGCAUGCCUGACUACGUGGUCAACGCUGAUUUUGAGGAGAACUUGAAGGGUAGUGGACAUUCCGCGCAGGAUGUAGUUUGGUACGACAGUAAGAAUAGUAUGCCUUCACCGCCUCCCUACGAAAGUCUUCGAAGAACUAAGUGUCUUCUUUGUAAUCGCAGUAUUGUGACCAGUAAUGAUAUUUGUCAUUUCUGUGUGAACUCCAGGUAUGGCACGAAAUGAUUUUCAGACAGUUUAUAUUUUAAAUCGAUUGUUGAUUGUAUAAUUGAAAACUGAUUUUUAUGGCAUUAAUGAUAGUUUUGGAUUCUGGAUGGGAGGUGAAGCAUAUUUUUUUGACACGUGACUGCAAUAAACCAAUAAGCUUCCACCAUUGACCAAUCAAACACCAGAAUCACUGUCACGUGCCAAAAAUAUGCUUCACCUCUUCAUCAGAAUCCACUUCUAUAGUUUUGUGUUAAAAUAAUGAUUUGUAUAAAGAGUUUAGACAAAAUUCAUAUUUAAUUGCAUUGGAGUUUGGAGGUUUCAUAGCUGUAGCAGGAUUAGUUGUCAGAAGAUUAAAAUUAUCAAAUUUGUUCAUUAUUAAUUGUUAUAAUAAUCUUUAAUUAUAAUUAUUAUUGACUUGUGUUCAUUUUCAUUGUAGUUUACUUUAUAGUAAUUAGUUUUCUUUUUA